AUGUACACUCCCGUGUCGUCCCUCGCCAAAUGGGGCAUCCUCGUCUCUACUGCAGCAUCUGCCGCUGCCAACCUGGCCCCCAGAGCUACCAGUGCCCCUACGACAACUGCAAGCGAGCCUAAGGUCACUGCCAUUACCGGCUGUCAUCUCCACGCAUCUGAUCUUUACUGCUUCGCUGGUGAGACAGAGUACCUCGUAGACAUCAAGGUCACAGCUACCACAGAUGUCCCCUCCAAGUACACAGACUGCCAUAGCCAUGGCUCUGAAAUGUACUGCGUAGACUCUGAUGGAGAAGAUGUCGCUGUCCAGGCCGAGGGUGCCGAGUCUGAAGAGGACCAUGAUCAUGAGGAGGAAGGCCAUGAGCACACUGAAGAAGAGGGCCAUGAUCACGAAGAGACCGAGGAAGGUCAUGACCAUGAGGAGGAAGAGACCGCCGAGGCCGACGAGAACGAGCACUGCCAUUUCCAUGCUGGCGUUGAGCAUUGCACAGGCGGCAGCCACAGCGAGUCCGAGUCUAGCGAAGCUGGAUCUUCAUCUUCGUCCUCGUCCUCAUGCCAGCCUCGCCAGAGAGACUACAACAUUGGCCUGCGUGUUGGUCUGCUCUUUGUUAUCCUUGCCACGAGCGCCAUUGGUGUCUUUGGUCCUAUUCUGCUACACAAGAUGAUGCCCACCAAGCUCAACCUGGUGCUCAUUGUCCUGAAGCAGUUUGGUACCGGCAUCAUCAUAUCGACUGCCUUUGUUCACCUCUUCACCCACGCGUUCCUCAUGUUCAGCAAUGAGUGUAUCGGCGAGCUCGGCUACGAGGCCACCACUUCCGCCAUUGUCAUGGCCGGUCUGUUCCUAUCUUUCCUCGUUGAGUAUAUUGGUCAUCGUGUCGUCCUCGCCAAGGCCAAGGCGUCAGCCGCACUCUCCUCGACUGAGAGGAAGAGUGUCUUUCUCUCGACCGAAGUGCUCAGCAUCCUUGUCAUGGAGGCUGGUAUCAUCUUCCACUCUCUUUUGAUUGGUUUGACCCUCGUUGUGUCUGGUGACGAGUACUUCAUCACCCUCUUCAUCGUCAUUCUCUUCCACCAAAUGUUCGAAGGCAUUGCCCUUGGAAGCCGUAUCGCCACCAUCGGAACAGCAGCCGAUGCCCAAGUCGUCACAGCCGCUCGUCCCUCCCAGGAGACCUCUUCCGCUCAGGACUCGGACAAGGCUCCCUGCCCUGCUGAAACUACCUCGUGCGAAGAAGUGGCUCCUCCUACUGGUCUCACUCUGAGGAAGAAGCUUGGUCUCGCUGCCCUCUUCGCCUUUACCACCCCCAUCGGAAUGGCCAUUGGCAUUGGUGUUUUGCAGCAGUUCAACGGAAACGACAAGUCUACCAUCAUCGCCAUCGGUACCCUCGACGCCCUCUCUGCUGGUAUCCUUGUCUGGGUCGGCCUUGUUGAGAUGUGGGCCGCCGACUGGAUGACGGGCAACCACGGCCAAAAGGCUGAGCUUGCUGAUGCCGACAUCCUCACCACCGUCCUUGCCUUCACUGGCUUGGUCGCUGGUCUGGUGGUGAUGAGCCUUCUCGGCAAGUGGGCAUAG